AUGGAGAUCGAGCUCGCUUAUGGUGAAUCUCGCGGAUACUGGAAACAUUAUUCACCCGGGAAGUGGUUCAAACAAGCGAAAGCCGUUGGCAAGAUCAACAACGUAAAAGCUACUCUGUUAAUUGAUUCUGGUGCUGAAGUGUCGAUCAUUGACACCACCUUUGCUCGUGAGGUCGGUUGCAAUAUUGACGAAAGUCAACGACAAAAAUGUAUCGGGAUUGGAGAAACUCUGUACAUGACGGUAGGACGUACCAAGAUCAAGGUGACCCUCACGGGAUCGCUGGUAUACUAUUUCAAUGUAUGGGUAGGCGAUCUGGCAGGGCAAGAAGCGAUUCUGGGUAUGGAUUUUAUGGUGCCUGCUGGAGUGCGGCUCGAUCUAGCGGAUGGCGCGAUAUGUCUACCAGAAGAAAUCCGCAUUCAUCUCUCAGGACGUCGCCCCGCGUACGGAUCGAAGAUACAACAUAUAACGGCGAAGGACCAACACGUGGUGAUCCCGGUCGGAGAGUCAAGGGAAGUGAAGAUCGGGAUCGGAGGGGCUAAGAUGAAGUUGUGGGUCGCUAGAGGACUAGAUUGGGUCCCCACUGUGAUCUCGGGGUGGGGUAAGACGAAAUACCUGCAGAUGACCAACAUUGGCGACCGUGAGAUCAAACUGCCCACCCACACUAUAUUAGGCAUGUGGGUCGAAGGCGAUAUGGUACCGCGAACUCAAGGUUUGGUGACAGUCGGGUCAGGGAAGUACAAGGAAUGGCAAACUCUGGCAUAUGAGGCUACGACGGAUCGAGUGAACGAACUCCCGAAAGAACAGAUCGGACCAUUGGUAGACCGUCCUACGUAUGCCGCUCCCAAACGCAUCUUGAAACGUCCGUCUGAUGCGUUACAGAACCUGUCUCCGGCGAUCUCCACGGUAACGCCGCAAGCUAACGAUGACGAUUCGCAAAAGGCAGAUGCUGUAGUUGCGAGGGAAGUAACGGUCAGGGGAGCCGAACUAUCGCGGAUGGAGAACGGUCAUGAGAUCGGUACCCAACAUGCAACGAAGGGAGACCGCGACACCGGUCAAGAAGGGCUACGUGACAGAUCGUCUCUACCGAAGGCUGAGCCGACUGACCGACUGUUGAAAUUGGGCCAGCCGGAAGAGACGAAGGAGCCUAAAGAAGAAAUAAUGCUAAAUACUGAAGACGUCGAGAUUGCAGAAAUACCAGUUUAUCACCACGAGAGCGGAGAUUUGUUUGCGGAAGAUAUCGAGCAGCAUAUGGCCGUGCUACCAGAGAUGUCGGCGACUACGGAAGAAGUUACGAUUGAGGACAUUCAGAUCGGUGAUCCCGAUGUGCCUCUCACCACAGAUCAACAACGGCUCAGAUCGCUGAUCUGGAAGAGCCGUCACCUCCUCAUGGGUAAAGGUAAUGCUCUACCACCAGCAGCACGAGGCGCGAUCUGUGAUAUUGAUGUCGGUGGGGCAGCACCGAUAGCGCAAAGAGUGCGUCCGGUCGCACCCAAAUAUCGGGAGAAGCUGUCAGAUCUCAUCAAAGGACUAUUAGCAGCCAAAAUCGUUCAGCCAUCCACGUCACCUUGGGCGUCUCCGAUAGUGGUGAUCAUCAAGAAGAACGGAGUGGAUAUUCGCCUUUGCAUUGAUUAUCGAAGAGUGAACCAGCUGACGCGUCUGAUGGUUUAUCCCAUGCCGUUGAUCAGCGAUCUGUUGGAAGAUCUGGAUAAAGCUCUAUGGUACUGUUCGCUAGAUAUGGCUAGUGGAUUUUGGGUCGUCAAAAUGACUGAACGAGCAAAACUGAUCUCAGCGUUUGUCACACCGUGUGGCUUGUUCGAGUGGCUGCGAAUGCCUUUUGGGCUUAAAAACGCGCCCCAGAUCUACCAACGUCUGGCGGACAAUGCGUUGUAUGGAUAUCUCAAGAUCGGUCAAAGAUCAGCCUCUGAUGGCCCGAUCGACGUGUUCAAAGAUGGAGAACCUGAGACAGAUCGACGACCGUCUAUACUGAGACGCCGAUGUUACAUUGACGAUAUUCUCAUACCAGCCACGUCAUGGGGAUCUUUGUACAAAAAAGUAGAACGGUUGCUAACGGCAUGUGAUAGGUGGAAUAUGUCUAUCAGCCUCACGAAUAGCUUUCGGGGGUGCCGUAAGGUCGAUUAUUUGGGACAUCGAGUGUCGAUGGAUGGUCUGGAGGCUCAGCCCAAGAACCUAGAGUCGUUGGUUAACAUCCCGUUUCCUAGCACGCUACGAGCUAUGCAAUCCUUUCUCGGGAGCUUGAACUACUACCGUCGCUUCAUUGAGGAUUUCGCGGUGUAUGCCGCGGUGUUGUAUGAGUUAAGAGAAUCGGAUUUCUUCGAGAUCGGCCGAUCUCAGCUUGCAGCAGGAGACGAAUGCUCCAACGAGGGUCGAUGUACGGAAGCCAAGGUUGCUUUCACUAUGCUAAAAGCUAAGAUAGCUACAGCUCCCAUGCUCAAGAAUUUCGACCCAGAUCGGUCCCCCGUAAUCGUGGUCUACGCUAGCAAGUGGGCUGUCUCAGAGGCCCUGAUACAGGAGUACGAUGGCGUGUACCAUCCGGUGACGUUUACUAGCCGCACUUUAAAGCCUAAUGAGCUUAACUACGGAACGGUUGAAAAAGAAGUGCUGGCGCUACUUCGUGUGCUGGAUGUAUGCUAUACUACGCUUGCCUCGCGGGAGAUCACUGUACUGACCCGACAUUCUACGUUAGCCUGGUUGAUGCAGUCUCGAGGGCUCAACGGGAGAUUAGGACGGUGGGCUGCUUUGUUGUCAAAUUGGACUAUGGAGGUGAAGAAAUGUGAAAGAGGAGAGGAAGAGAUCCUGGGCAUGUUAGCAGCGAGUAUCACUCCGAGAGGAGAAGUGGAAGAGAUGCUGAUUGCGAUCUCCCCACGAAAAGACUGUCGACUCAAAAUAUCGAUGCCUCCUCCAACGGUGGAAACAGAUGAGGAGUUGCUGGUGGCCAGUUUCGAUGGAUCGGCUAGGAUAAAAAAGAAAGGAGGGUCGCUCAGUGCCGUGAUAUGGAAGUUACCCGAAUGGACGAUCGUGGCGGCCGAAUAG